UAAAAAUAAUAAAGUUAUUGAUGGUUUAUAAACCAAAAAUAAACUAUUAAUAUCUUUACGAAUACCGAAAAUAAUCUUUGAUGUCUCUAUAUUAUCGUUAGCAUUGCAUACCAUAAGAAAUAAAACUGUAUUAGGCUGUGACAAAACAUUUCUUCUACAAAGUAUUUAUUUAUUAAUCAAGACUUUGUAUUGAAAAUCAGAUUUUUAUUUUUUCAUUAAUUCAAAUACAAGAAACAAACGCUAUGUGGCAACACUAUUUCCAGCAAAACAAAAAGAGACAACUAUAGAAAUACGCUAGUAAAUACGAAAUUCAGCACGUGAUUGUAUUCAGCGUAGUAAAAAAGAAGAUUUCACGAAUAGCUAGUGAACCAUCGUCAACUUCUGUCUUCUUUCCGGUAAUGUACUACAAGUCAUCAGCUUAACCGCUCGUGUCGUCGCAGAACAGAAUAAUUUGAAGAAAAAUAUUAGAAAUUGUGUAGUUUUAAUUUUGUAAUACACAAAAAAACAAGUGAAGUUUAGUAAUAUUAAAAAAAUAUUGAAAUUUAUAUUAAUAUAAAGAAAUAAACACAAAUCCCAUACAUAAUGGCCGAUAACAAGAAUCAAGAUUGUGAAAUGAAUGGUGAAGAUUUCUCACAAGACGUCAGCGCUAAUGAAAAAGAAAAUGGUGGAACUGCCGGUAACACCAAUGGAAAUGCCAACGAUACAAAUGCACGCGACGAUGACAGAAAAUUAUUUGUUGGCGGUUUAAGCUGGGAAACCUCAGAAAAGGAAUUGCGCGAACAUUUCAGCAAAUUCGGCGAAAUUGAAAGCAUCAAUGUUAAAACAGAUCCACAAACUGGACGUUCUCGUGGUUUUGCAUUUAUUGUAUUCACACAAACUGAUGCUAUUGAUAAAGUUAAUGAAGCUGGCGAACAUGUUAUCAACAACAAGAAAGUUGAUCCCAAGAAAGCUAAAGCCCGCCAUGGUAAAAUCUUUGUCGGUGGCUUGACCACCGAAAUCAGUGAUGAUGAAAUCAAAACCUACUUCAGUCAAUUCGGCAAUAUUGUCGAUGUUGAAAUGCCUUUCGAUAAGCAAAAGUCCCAACGUAAAGGUUUCUGUUUCAUUACCUUCGAUUCAGAACAAGUUGUUACUGAAUUGUUGAAAACACCCAAACAAAAAAUCUCCGGCAAGGAAGUUGAUGUAAAACGUGCCACCCCCAAACCAGAAAAUCAAAUGAUGAUGAUGCGCGGUGGUCGCGGUGGUGUACGUGGUGGUCGUGGUGGCUACGGACGUGGUGGUUAUUCUCAUCAAUGGUCUGGUCCUGGUGCAUAUCCCUAUAGUAGUUAUGGUUACGAUGCCGGUUAUGGUGAUUACUACAGUGGUGGAUUUUUCAAUGGCUACGAUUAUGGCUACGGUUCUGGUGGCGGUUAUCAAUCCGGCAAACAAAGAGGGACAGGACGCCAGCCAAGACAUCAACCUUACUAAAUAAAACUUCCUUACUUUAAACAAAGAAAAACAAGAAAAAAACAAAACUAAAUAAUAUAAACAAAACAAGAAAUUAAAAAGUAAUUUUUAAUACUAAAAAACACACAAAAGAUAACAAAACCAACCUAAGCAACCGAAAGUCUUUCUUAAUAAUACAAACAAAUACAAGAGCAUUAUGCUAUUAAACAGCAUAAUUCAAAUACAAAUUAUCAAUAACAUAAUUUAGUUUGUUGUGCGUUCUUUUUUUUAUAUAUAAUUAUAAUUAUAAUUUAAUCAUAGUCAACAAUCAUCCAAAUCAACAUUAUUUUUUUCUAAAAAUGCUGUCUGUCCCUCCACAACUCUAUAGGCCCAUUCUUCUUAUAUACACACACACACACAUAUACACAGGGAAUCCUUGUAUUCAAAGGAUAUAUUGUUUUAUUAUACAAAUUUAAUAAUAUUUAUAUUGUCACACUCACACCCUAAUUUUCAUCUUUAAAAAAACAAUUCUGCAAUAUAUUUUCUUAAAGUUUAAAAUAAAUAAAAACAAACCAUUCCAAAUCCAUAACACAAAUUACAUACAAUAAUGCAGCAUCCAUAAUAUCCAAUAUAAAUAUUUUUUCAUUCAAUUACAACAUACAAAGCAGUUUUUUUCACCUCCAACACACUUACCUUAAUAAAUAUAAACUAUAUGUAAUAAUUUUUUGCUACUUUUUUAGUUCUUAAAAUAACUAUAAUUUUACUUUUAAAUUUAAAUAAACAAUAAAACAGUAAUUACCAAGA